AUGAGUGAAAUCAACUUUCAGAAAUUUUACGACACCAAAAUAAUUGAAAAGGUGGAGAAACAGAACGCAGAUAGCGAGAAAGAAGUAUCAAAAACAUGGGCGAAAGAACAUCAAAAAAUGCCAUUAAGCAUUUUAGGGCCGCGCGAACUUUGGAUGAACUUUGACAAACAAAUGAAUGCGCUUAAUACAGCUUCGAAAGAGAGUAACGAUUAUGAUAUGCUUUGCACUUUCGUUUAUCAGAUAGACAAUGGUUAUCGCAAAUUCGUGGUAAUUCAUCCUGAAACCUUUUGGUGGCAUUAUAAGCAUUUACCGCCAGAAAGAAGGUGUUCUUACGAGGUAAUUCCAGAAAAUCAUCCUUGUCGAUUGUAUCUAGAUUUAGAGUAUUCAAUCGAACUGAACUUGGGACAUGACGGAACGUCUAUGACGAAUACUUUAAUUGACAUUUUCUGUAUGUAUUUACUCGUACACUGGCACGUAAUAUGCAAUAAAUACAACGUAGUUAAUUUAGAUUCAAGUACUAGCGAAAAAUUUAGUAGACACAUUAUAUUUAAUACCAGAGACGUAGUCUUCAAAGAUAAUUAUCACGCUGGGAGACUUGUAAAAUCUGUGUGUACAGAUAUUUUGAAUUAUGUUACAUCCAAGGAAAAACAACACAAUAUUUUAAGCUGCUUUGACAAAACACAAGUAGAACAACUGAUUGUUGAAACAAAAAAAGGAAAAAGACUGUUUGUUGAUACUGCAGUUUAUUCGAAGAAUAGACAUUUUAGGAUAUAUAAAUCCACUAAAUGGGGAAAACAAUCAAAUUUGGAGAUCUCAAAUGACUCUAAAUAUAUUCCAUCCACUGUAUACAAUGACAAAGAGUUAAGCAUAUUUUUAGAUUCCUUGAUAUCAUAUUUUGUUAUGAAGAAGAACUUGAUUUUAUUAGAGUAUUCUGAAAAUGAUACGGUAAAUACAAAUUGUUUCAAGGAUAUAGUACAACAAUACAAUUAUCAAGAAAGUGAUAAUCCAUGUUCAAAAUAUCCAAUGUUGGAUAGAUAUAUUAGCAAUUUAAUAUCUCCUGGAAAAAUACGCACAUGCAAACAUUUUGAGACUGCAAAAAUAUUGGUUUACGAAACUGUGGGAUACAGAUAUUGUGAAAAUAUUGGUAGAUGCCAUAAAAGUAACAAUGUUUUUUGGAUUGUAAACUUAAAAAACAAAAUAAUAUAUCAAAAAUGUCAUGAUCAAGACUGUUUUGGUUUUAAAUCCAAAUCAAAACAAUUACCAGAAGAAAUUUAUUUUCAAAUCGAUGAGGAAGGUGAUAUGUUAUUGAAUAAUGCUAUAACACAGAACAGUGUAGAAAAAUAG